AUGCGUCUCACCGGACUGCUCGCCCUGGCAGCUCUGCUGAGCUUGACAUUGCUAAGCAGCUCGAGCAAAGCCAUGCCGACGGAUUACAUGUCCAACUCGCUAGCGCUGUACGAGACGAGCGCGCAUCUGGACAAGCGACUAGCGCCAGUGAUCGUGCAAGGUAUUGCUCGAUUCGCACGCUUGCUGGAAAAAGUUGUUGGAAAUCUUGUGCAGAAGGCAAAGCAGGACAAGGCGAUGCGGACCAGAUUUACGCAGGAUACGGUCAAUGACAUGUCCAAAGAGUAG